AUGUUUCAUGCAACUGUCACAAAAGAGCUAAUCAAUCAUAAAGAAUGGAGUCACUAUAAUGAAAACAUAAUAGAAGAUCAGAAAGAUUUUGUUUUUGUGAAGUUCACUGGUCUUCAUUUAAAAUCUAUGGAAAAUUUGCAAUCUUGUAUCUCUCUUAAAAUAUGCAUCUUCUCAAACAAUUUUAUUACCAAUAUUAGUCCACUUGGAAGUUGUAUAAAAUUAGUCAAACUUGAUCUCCAUGGGAAUCAGAUAAAGAGUCUACCAGAUGUCAGAUUUUGGAGUAGAUUAAAAAGCCUAAAACUUCUCUACCUUCAUGACAAUGGGUUUGCAAAGUUAAAGAAUGUAUGCAUGUUAUCUGCAUGUCCAAGCCUCAUUGCCCUCACUUUGUUUGAUUGUCCAGUAAGCCUUAAAAAAGGAUAUAGACAUGUUCUUGUCAACACUAUAUUGCCUCUCAAAGCAUUGGAUCAUCAUGUUAUUUCUGAUGAAGAAAUAAUUCAGAACUUUCAUCUUCCUGAAAGAUUCAAAACAUAUAACCAUCGGCUUUUCUUUAAUUUCUGCCCUCCUUUGAAAAAGGGAUCAACCUAUGAGGAUGAAACUAAUAACAUCAACUUUGUUAUUUCAAAAAUAAAUGAAAUCAUGGCUCAUAAUUCACCAAUUUUGAUUAUUCAAAGAUGGAUACGUGGUUUCCUAGUUAGAAAAAUUUUGAGCCAAUAUUUUUCAUAUAAAAAACCUCAAGAAAAAUUUAUUAGUGAAUGUAAAACAAAAUGGGCUUACAAACACAAAAAAUAUGAAGAUAUGAUUUUUAAGGAUCUCAUUAUUAAGCCUGAAACAAAUAUAACAGGAAAGCUUGCACGAAAGAAACAUAAUAUACUUUCUCCUGUCGAUUUAAUAAGUUUGAAUAAACAGAAAAAACAUGUUUCCUCUCCUUUAUCGGAAUUAAAGAAAAAAGAUAUUGGCAAAAAAUCAAGACAUCUCAUUCAAAAAGGUCAGGAGUCUGAAGGUGAAACUGAGGAUGAAGAAUUGCAUGCCAGUUUUAGGAUAUCCGUAUUCAAACUCCCCAUACAUUCUUCAGAUUCAUUGAAGUCUGCAGUAUUGAAAAAGAAAGAACAAGCUUCUUUUCCUACAUCUACACAACCACUUUCUACUACUCAGCAAAAACCAGUCAUUACCAAACCACAGCUGCUGUUGGAGAAGAAUGCAAGAAGAGAGUUUUUUACGAUACACAGAACCGGUAUAAAGCUCAAAACACUUUAUGAUAUUGAUGAAUAUCAUUUAGAACAAAAGAAGCAGGAAAGCCACCAGAAAAAUGGAAUAGCUAUCACCAAGGCAAAAACCGCCCAAGAAAAAGUCAGCUUAAAUGUUCAAGAAAUGUUACAGAGGAAAAAACGGGCAGUACGAAAGCAAAUGGCUGAAAGUAGCAGGGCAAUUCAGGAUGGUUUGUCCCAACUCUGGCAGGUCAGAUCCAACUACCUGGAAAAAGUUAGAGAGAGGAGAGCUUUGUUUCUAGAAGAAAAAAACCAAAAAGCUAGAGACCGUUUAUUAAUUCAAAACUUAAAUAAUGAGCUUAUUAUUUGGGACAGAAGUGUAAAUAAAAUGAGGCUAUUGAAGAAGAACAAUGAUCUCUUAAAAGAGAAACAUCUGAUAGUUCAGGAAAAACGAGAAACAGAAAGACUUCAAAAGGAUUUACGUAAAUACAUGAAGGAACUUAGGGCUAGAGAAAACUGUAAAAGACACUCUGAAGAAAAAUUUGUUUAUGAUAUGAUUGCCUUUCAGAAAGCUUGUGAAAGAUUACAAGAGGCUAAAGCAAAAAUUGAAAGUGUGAAAGCAAAGGUGAUUGUUAAAACUCCCAGAGAAUGACAGAAUGAACCAAUACCAGAGCAUAUCCAAUGGUCUUUUUGAAAUAUAGCCAUUAUUUUCAAUUAAAGGACUUUAAAAUAAUACU